CUUUAUCUUAGUGUAUGUAAACUUUCGUAAGUGCUGCUGUCUCACCCAGACGCGAACCCACGUGCUCAAGGCAACCGCUCCAUACAAUGGCUCUUUGCACAGUUUCACAAAGCACAGCGACAGUGAGCUGUUCCCGUCAACGUUGUUGUGAUCGAACAAGUUUGGCGAGAAUUGGUUGGAACACGAAGGGUUGGGCCGCCGUUCCUUGUCGAACGAGCGUGCGUGCGCGAACUGCGCACGCAGCGUUGGUUACCGCUCCAACGGCGACAGAGCCUAAUAUUCCAAUCCCUCAACAUGGUAUUCAACCUGAUGCCACAAAGCUCGUUGGCAACACGCCAAUGGUCUUCUUGAACUCGGUAUCCAAGGGCUGCCUCGCCCGCAUAGCUGUGAAGUUGGAGAGCUUUGAGCCAUGUUGCAGCGUCAAAGAUCGAAUCGCACUGAGCAUGAUCGAGCGAGCGGAGCAGGCGGGGCAAAUCAAGCCCGGAGAGACAACCCUGAUCGAGCCCACCAGCGGCAACACCGGCAUCGCACUGGCCUACGUUGCCGCCGCCAAGGGCUACCGGCUGCUGCUGACCAUGCCCGACAGCAUGAGUGUGGAGCGGCGGGUGCUGCUGAGGGCCUUCGGGGCGCAGCUGGAGGUCACACCGGGGAAGAUGGGUAUGACGGGCGCCAUCCAGCGUGCCGAGCAGCUGCUGGCCGCCACCCCGGGCGCCUUCAUGCUGCAGCAGUUCGACAACCCAGCCAACCCCGCCGCGCACUACGCCACCACGGGGCCCGAGAUAUGGCGC